AUUUCGCUAAAUCUUCUGUGGUGUAGAUCUAAAUUGUAUCUUAUCAAAACGUAGAGUAGAUGUAGACAUGGCACUGUGGACACUUGUUUUAACUGUUACUUUAGGAUUCACUUCAAUUAGUGGGAUCAAUUUAGAUGCCAGAUUUUCUGUGAUCAAAAAAGGAAAAGAUAACAGCUAUUUUGGAUUUUCUGUUGCACAGCAUCAAAUUUUGGAUGGGAAUAAUGAAGUGCUGCAUAAUGUAUUGCUUGUGGGAGCACCUAAAGAAAUGCGCCCCAUAAACAAUAACAUGUCCAAUGUGAUUGGUGGAGCUUUGUAUCGAUGCAUCUCGAUGGACAAAUCAGAAAGCUGUACUAUCAUUACAGAAGGAUUGUCAAACGAACCUGUUCCUGGUGAACUAGUUAGUGACCAGUGGCUAGGUGUGUCUGUUGUAUCAGCUGGCCCAGGCAAGAAAGCUGCGGUCUGCGCACAUAGACACACGGUUGACAAUGCUGCUCUGGGUAUAUGCUACACCUUUUUAAAUUCCUUGGACUAUGAUACGCCUUACAUGCCCUGUAAAAGGCUAUCGCAUACACUGUACAUGCAAGAUUUUGGUUUGUGUCAGGCGGGUAUGUCGGCUGUAGCUGGACAGGAUGAUGCUUUUGUAAUGGGUGCUCCGGGCUCAGUUUUCUGGCAAGGUGUUGUUUUUAUGACAAAUAUUACUGACGAACUGGGCGUGUCAACAGCUGAAAUCUUAUCUCCUUACAAUGAUAAAAACCGAUUGACCGGAAAUGAACAGGCCUCUCCAACAGCCCCAUACUCUUACAAUGGCUAUGCUGUAGCUGUGGGGAGGUUUGACAGCUCACGGGUGCUUUACUACGCAUCUGGAGCCCCCAAGUCUCACAACAAGGGCGAGGUCAUAUUCUUUAAACAGUUGAAAACAGCGCUUUAUUAUGAACCCUCGCAAAUUAUCAGAGGGCCUAUGGAUUUCUCUGGCUUUGGUUCAAGUCUUCUUGCCAUGGAUCUCAACAAGGACGGAUUUGAUGACUUGAUCGUGGGAGCUCCAUAUUACUACAGGAGAGGUCAUGGUGGUGCCUUCUAUAUAUAUUAUGGUGGAGUAAAAAUGAUAUCAAACAGCACUGUUGGUAAAGAAAUCAUCAGCCGCUCUAUGGGAGACCAAGAAUGUGAAAGACUGAUGUGUGAGCAUGCACAGUUUGGGAUUAGCUUAAGUAAAAUUGGAGAUGUAAACAAGGACACAUUUCAAGACUUUGCUGUUGGUGCCCCAUAUGAAGGGAAAGGUUGUGUUUACAUAUAUUUUGGCUCUGAUAAACCUAUCGACAAGUAUGUGCAGAGAAUUGAAGCUUCCGAUUUGCCCGUCCCUAACCUGAUGUCCUUUGGCUACUCCCUGUCUGGUGGAUUGGACCUGGACGACAACGGCUAUCCUGACCUGCUUGUUGGGGCUUACGAAUCCAGUGCUGUGGUACUCUUACGGUCUCGGCCCAUCAUAAAGCUCAACUCAACGCUUAAAGUAAACCCCAUUGCAGUAAAUCUUGAAGAGAAGGCCAUCUGUACCAGUCCUCUAGUCAAACCAGCAAAUGCACAGCGCCACUGUAUUGAAAUUGAAUUGUGUUUGUCAUUUUAUUCUAAAUCCGGAUUAAGUACAAUGCCUACAGUGACGUACAACUUGGAGGCCGAACCACAGCGUAGAAUUGCAAGAGUUGACAUCCAGGAUAAGGCAGAAAACAAAGCAGUUACCCUGAAAGCCAGUGGUCAACAAUGUGUGAAAGAACUGGCUUUAGUGAAGGCUCAGUUUGAUGACAAGCUGAAUCCCAUGGAGUUUAGAUUUACCUUUGGACUGAGCACAGACAACAGAACCAAACCUGUGUACCCAGACAGUGCUGUGGCAAACAUUGACCAGUAUCCAGUGCUAGAAAUUGUUGGUAAAGGGACUACUGAUGUAGUCAAGGUGGAGUUUGUCAAGGAAUGUGGGGAGGACAAUGAGUGUGAUAGUAAUUUGCAGUUUUCAGCAAGCUAUAAGGGUCUUAUAAAAAAAGAUGAUGUUUAUGAAAUGGCAAUUGGUGAAAACAAUAAUUUAUUUGUGGAGAUAGAUGUACAGAAUAUUGGCGAGGCAGCUUACCUAACCAGAGUUUACCUGGAGAAACCAAAGACUGUCAGUUAUUUUUCCACUGAGUCACUGAGCUCAGUGACCUGUCAGAAUGUCAAAGAUGAUGACACGCUGAUAGUGUGUGAUCAGAUUGGCAAUCCUUUCCGUCAAAACAGUCGGGUCUAUUUUAUUAUAAAGCUGAGUGUCCCUUCAAACCUAUCAGAAACAAAUGAUGUCUACAACAUUACCACAUGGGUCAACACUACAAGUACAGAAUCAACCCCGUUAAAUGACAGACAUGUCUUGAAAUUUAGAGUCAUCAACAAAGCUGAAAUUAUUCUCCAGCCAAAUGUCAUUCCUGACAGUCCCAUUCUGUGUAAAGGAGAACCAAGAAAAUCAGUGGAUUUCACUGAUGAGAAAGACAUUGGAGCAUCAGUGAAGCAUAAUUUUGUUGUACGAAAUUUAGGUCCUGGUGUUGUACCCAACUCCUACAUAUCCAUCAAAUGGCCAUAUCAGUUAAAAGGAGCAGGAGACAAUGAGGAGAAAUAUCUACUGUAUCUCACCAGGAUGCCUAAGACUGUAGGACCAGUAAAGUGUAUUUUUGAAGACAUCCAGAAGUUCAUUAACCCUAAAAACAUUAAGUUAAUUGAAGAAGCUUCAGCAGAAUCUGUUUUGAGCAAUUAUGUAGCAGACGUACCUCCUGAGUUUAAAGAAUCCAGCAGAAAGAAGAGACAAGCAGACAGAGAACGUAGAGCCCCUGGUUCAGUUGUUGUCAUGAGCUGUGAAAAAGAAGAUAUUGUUGACUGCUUUGAACUCAAGUGUGAAAUUGGCAAACUGGACCCUAAUCAGAAUUAUGCUCAGAUCACAUUUGAAGCCCGCUUAUGGGAGAGCACACUAUUAUCUAACUAUCGCAAGACAGCAGAUGUUCAAAUUAUUUCCUGGGCCAAGGUGGAUGUACCUGAAAAAAUAACUCAAGACACCAAAAAUGAUGUCAAAGGAGGCAUCACACGAGCUGUGCCAGACUUUAAAGAAACUGCAGGACAGACCGUUCAAUGGUGGAUUAUUUUAGUAGCUGUUUUAGUGGGCCUUGUUGUACUACUUGUUGUAAUUUUUGUUCUUUACAAGCUUGGUUUCUUCCGACGUAAACGCUUGGAGGACAUGAAGACAUACAAAGCAGAGAAAAAGCAACAAGCUAUGCUAAGUGACCAGGAUGAAGCAUAGCUCUCACCCCCUCUAGGACUUAGUUAAAAAAUAGUUUUUAAAUUUUAAAAAUUUUCAACUAUUAGCUCAACAGUUUAGAAAACCUGUUUAACCAAUACUAUCUUCUACUGAAGGUACUAGAAUUAUUUUCAGAUGGUCAGACAUACGUCACCAUUGAGGUAGUUUCUCAAAUGCUUUUUAAAUUGCAUAUCACAGUUAAAUGAUAUUGCUGAUCACCAAAGACAUGUACCAUUGUCCAAUAGAAUUGUUGGUGCUUUAAAGCCAAAACAAUUUUUUUAAAUAGAUAAUAUCAAUAUUAAAUUUUAAUCUGUCAUUUAAAAAUGAGUGUAGAUAUUUUUAUAAUAGAUAAAAAUAAUGAAAUUACCAUUUUACCAUUUUUUUUAUUUAGAGAAAAAUGUUUUUUUUUUUACAUUCCUUAAUGUAUACAUUUAUUAUUGUUCCAUCAUUAAGGUUAUGUCCCAUGCUAUACCGGGAGCUUAAUAAUUAUGUUAAUAUUAUAUGCAAACACUAGUAUAAGCAAUUUAGCACAAAUAGUAUUAUUUUAAUCAAAUGUGUAUGUACAUAAUGAUUUUAGCCAUGACUUAGUUGUAUAAAGGCUAAGAAAAUAAUACAACAAGCUUUGAAUGCGGUAGCAGAUGUGUUGAUUAAAAGCUAAUCUCUACUAAAUUAUUACAUUUCAACUAGUACAUUUUUAUAUCGGUUCCAAGCACUUGAUAUUCUUGACCAAAUACUACCCAAAGUGGUUUAAAAUUGUAACAUUCCAAUAACUAAAGAAACUGUACUGGAUAGUUAUUUAUAUCUGUAUUUCAUUAAGUAUUGAUGUAAACUUUUAAGGUCACAUUAAGAAAUAUAUUCUGCUAACCCUAUUUAUUCUGAGAACAAACAUUUCUUUUAACAUUACACACUUUUCUCUAUAGUAGUUACAGCUGUUUACAUUUUAAAAGAAAUUCAUUUAAUACAUGUACUUGGUGAUCCAUUUGUCAUGUCACCCAUUUAUGCCUGAUAGUUCUUAAGUGUUUAUAGGUUUAUUGAAAAAAUAUGUACAUUUUACAAUUUUUUUUUACAGUUUUUAAUUCUUUACUAAAAAUUCCUUGUAUUUCUAUUUAAUGAGAUUUUUUUUAAUGUUCAGUCACAGAAAACACUAUUUAUACAUCCCCGUUGAAAUAAUCCUUGUUAAAAUAUAGCUACAAAGAAUGACCAAUAAUCUAAUUAUAAAGCGUUAGAUGUAUAUAUUUGCUGUGUAUUAUUUCACACAAGCAUUCCUUUUAUUUGUUACUGAAAAACUUGUUUUCAUUAUGCAUGUAUAUCAAGUGUAUUUACAUAAUCUACCUGUGUUUAUGUCGCCUUGCUUUUAUUUCUUCUAUACUUCUACCUAGUGUUUAUAAAUUUAUAUAUACAUAUAUAUAAUAUACAAGUGUAAAAACUUGUGUAUAGUAUGUUAAACUAAGCAAAAAUCAAAUGUGUAAAAUUAUUUAGAUGUGUUGUUUGACUGUACAGUACCUAUACAUAUUAAAGUGCAAAUCUUUAUAAAGGUGAAAAAUUGGUGUUUACCUCCUGCCUCAUUUACCAGGUGGAAAGCUUGCCUUAAUCAAGUUACUGUUAUUUAUAAACUGUCUUUUAUUAUAAGUGUUAAUUUGAAAUUUUUGUGCCUGUUGCUAGGGUUUUUUUUAAUAUGCAAGUGAAUUGCAAUGUCUACUUGGAUAUAUUUGGCUGUAUUACAGCUAAAUAGAAACUAUUAAUUCAAGUGAUGCUGUUAAUAUUAUUUUAAAUGGCUACAUUUAGAAAAUAAUUUAAGAUUUUAAACAGCUAAAUAUUAAAAAGGCUAUUUUUUAAAUAAAGUUUGAAAUGUAAUAUAAAUAAAAAUACAGGUCUAUUGUAUAAAUUAUGUGCCGGUUGAUGUUUUUAUUAGAUUUCGUUUGAUUUUCAUGCUUUUCCCCCUCUGCAGUGGAAGCAGACUUGAGAUUCUCUCUCCACAAUGUACAUAGCUUAAAUUUGCUUUUUUGUGUCACUGUAAUAUUUAUUGGUCUAUGUUCUGUAUAUUUUGUCAGUAAUUAUUUUUACGUGAUUUUAAGUUAGUGUAUACAAAGAAAUAUUUAUUUGCUUUUAUAACACCAUUUUAACGCUUUUUUGUGUGAAAGGUAUUGAUGCUUGGCAUAAUUUCUUCUACAAUGUAAAAGUUGUGUUUUCAUGUUUCCGUCCUUAGCUAGACAUUUCCCUCAGGCUAAUUAAAUUUCUUUAGUUUACUGUAGCUUUCUCCUAGGUUACAUUCCAGAUUAUAGAUUCAUUCAUAUUGUAAAGAACAGUUCCAUCUUCUGUGUAUAUUUUUGAUGGUUGUGAUUUGAGAUGUUAUAAAAUGUGUAUGAUGUAUCAUAAUUGUCAUGUGUGUACUGGAUUGUUAACAGUUUUCAUCCUUCCACUUUUUAAUUUUAAUAUCUAAUGCAUUUUUCUCAAAUUCCAUAUUAUUUAUAUUAAGUCCUUGUAUAAUACCCUUUUUGCAAAAGUAUGGGGGUUAUUCACUGCAACACUUGUAUAAUUAGUAAACAUUUAUUUUUUCUAGAUGUAUUAUUUUUAAGUAGGAGGUUAAAAUCUUAAUAAAAAACAGUUUUAAAAAUCCCAAUACAAUUUUCAAGUAUUUUAGUUUUUAAAGCAAAAUAAUAAAUUAAAAGUGUUGUAUUGUAACCCAUUCAGAAGUAGGUGACACGAAAAAUGUGCAAUGCUUAAUUGCUUUAUAGUACAUUUUAUAUAAUUUUUCAAAGUUUCGCUUUAAUGAAACAUGCUAUUUGAUAAAGUGUUUGUCCAGCUAAAUGUCUUCAUGUGCAGGGUCAACCUAAAAAUACCCUUGGUUUUUUAACUUUGCAGUAUAAUUAUCAAACCUAUGCUUUUAAUUAGUGCAGUCUCCAUUGCACAUUUUUCAGAGAACCCAAAAAUUGCAUUUAUUAUCAGGUGCUGUAAAAGGGUUGUAAUGUUUAAUAUCUUAUGCUAAAUAAAUAUUGGCUUGUCUA